AUGGCACAGAAUUUGUCGUUCUCUAUCGCCAAUAUUCUUCGCUCAGACUUUCCUCCACCUUCACACAUAAGACACGUACCGAGGUGUAUUUACUUAGAACGCCUGAAUGAUAGCAGAAAUUUGCCAUACGUCGCUCUAAGAUGCCAGCUAGAUCGACGAGCUAGCUUCUGUAGUGAAACGGAAUUUUUUGCCAGAAAUUAUUACAGCGCGCACACAUUGUCCGUAAUUUCGGAGAAGGAUGCCAAGAUUCAAAACUCUGGUUAUGCCAGAGAACAGCAGAGAAAGAAAGGUAUGUGAAGUUUAUUUACUUUUUUUAAACACGCUUUCAACUGUUCAAUUUGAGUUCAUUUCUCCUCACUCUCUUCAGCAGUUGGCCCCUAAGGGCACUUAUGUUGAAAAACGUGGUAAGUUUUUCACACCUAACAAAACACUUGAAAUAUCUGGCUCUGAGGUGUUUAAGGUGUCUGAGUGAAAAAUGUUAGUUUUUCUUAUUUUCUAAGUGCAAUUAGUUCAGUUUAAAUCAGCAUUGAAUAUGUCGCCUUUUGCUUUUAAAGCAAGCAUUGAAAUUUGGCGCUAGGGAAACAUGUAAUUUUCAUGUAUGCAUCAUCAUAACUCGCACGUUCAAUUCCGCGCUAGGACAGAUUUCCGUCAGCAACUUGUCAUUUAAUGCCUAAAGUGUAAACUGAAUUGUUUAAAGCUUGUAUUAAUUAUCUGCGCGGUGGUAAAAUUUGUACUCAAACAUGGUUGAUGCUUUCGAUUUCGGUGGUGCGCGUUGUAGUUUCCUAAUGUGCCACCGCUGUUAAUUGAGAGCGCUUUUGUCAAAAUUUCGCUUCCACGAAUUAUCUCCCAGGAUAUUUGUGAAAUUUAGCGCGUGAAAAUAUGCGAUGAUGAUCGAAGCAUCCUAAGCAUAUCAAAACUCGUUAAAAAAGGUAUUAUUCAGAGCACUAUUCAUUUCUUUAUACCGUUAUACUUACGGGAUGGUCGCCGGUAAAGUUUCCGCACAGCCCCAUACUACAUUAUGCAUUCAGUUCUUGGAGAGAGAAAACAACGACAAAAAACAAUACAUUGCCAUUGGGAAAACAGAUUUGUUUAACAAUGGGGCUGUGCGGAAAUUUUACCUGGUUGCCCUGUUGGAAGAGGACCUUGUUAUUGAAUUUUUCAUCAUAUUAGCAAGAAACACAAGUCAGGUUCUCAGCGUUUAAACCCUUGAACUUCGAAGAUCUGAUUAUAAACUCUCCCCUCGAGCUGUUGUACUUUUCCUUGUAAAUUAGUUAUGAGAAUUUGAUGUUACAUCAAGAUGACAACUUCUACCUAAAAAGUUUGGGUAAUCUCAUUACCUGUCUGCAAGAGAAUAUUAACUGCUGUCUGCUGGAAGAUGUAUGGAUAUUAUAUGUUAUAUGUAAAUCUCUUACGGGCAUUAAAGGGUUAACUACAAGAGUGGACUACCCCGCAAAUUCUCAUUAAAAAUUUCAAACCGUUUUCUCGGAAACAAGUGCUGAGUGAAGAAAAAGAAAAAUCUCAAAACUGAUUGUAACACAGCAGAUGUUUCAAGCGCCGGCUCUUCGUCAUUCACUCAGACGAAAGGCGAACGCUCCAAACGUCAGCUUUAAAAGCUCUCUACGGAGGCCAAUUUACCUUAACAAACUAAGGUGGUAAAACCAAAUUAUCUUGUAAUACUAUCCACCGACCCCACACAACAGUUUGUGUAAAAACUUACCCGCUUUAUUCAUUUGAAUUUAACAAAGAGAGGAGUAACUAAUAAAGAGAGAAUCAUGGAUUUCAAAACCAGUUUGAAUAGAGAGAUUGGUGAUUCAACCUCACGGGUGAUAUUAAAAAAGAAGAAACUUUUUACCUGUUGUUUUAUAGAUAUAUUGGCAGCUAACGGAAAUAAAAAGACGGAGGAAGAUAAACGGAACAGUGAACUACCUGGCUCUGCAGCUAAAAGUGCAGUGAAAAAGAAACGCAAUCGAAGCCAUUUCACGCAAGGGCAGCUUAAGUAUUUGGAAGACGUGUUUACCCGCCAGCAGUACCUAACACGCGACGAACGCGCCAUGCUGGCGACUGUUUUGAACAUGACGGAGCUGCAAAUAAGAAACUGGUUUCAGAACAGGAGAUAUCAGUUGAGGCACCGAGGAUUAAACAGGGCCAAACAGGUUCCAGUCAAAGUGCUGGUGAGCAGCAGUACAGGGCAGGAUUCUGAUGAUCGUAGCAUGUGAUGCGCACGAUGUCUGCACGUGGUGUUCAUGGGAUCUUGAUUCUGGCGAUUGAAGCUGUGUUCAAAUCAGAUCAUGUGACGACAACCGUUUUCUCUUCUUGCGAUUGGACUAAAAACCAAGGACUGUAUCGCCUUAUUGAAUAAGCUUUGUAAGAGUUACUUGCUCUUAGAGAGCAAGUCUGAUUUAAUUAAAUUAACAAAAUGUCGAAGCCGUCGGCGUUAAUUAAAACUUGAUUUAAAUGAAAGAAUUCCCAUAUUUAUCUUGGAGGUGGUUCGAAUGAAAGACAUGAGAAGCUCGCCUAUUCCAUUCAAAAAUGAUUUAUAUUUAGAAACUUUUGAUAGUUUAAGCCGUUGAGAUAACACCUUGAAGCUGUAAAAGGAAUCAACUGAAACAAACCGAGUUAAUUUGCGUUCAUCUCAAUUUUCUUUGGCUAAAAGCAUUCCUAUUAACCCUUUCUACCCUGACAUUUAUUUGGUAUUUAGUUAAUUGAGAGCGCUUUUGUCAAAAUUUCGCUUCCACGAAUUAUCUCCCAGGAUAUUUGUGAAAUUUAGCGCGUGAAAAUAUGCGAUGAUGAAGUUCUCUUUACGUUUUCUCUGGCAUUAACAAGAGAAUUUGUCUGGCAAUCAGGGGCUUUUUUUAUUUGAAGAUCAUUCCUUUUAUUCUCAUGACCUUUAUAUUUAAAACGAGGCUGAUAUUGUAAGGAGAAUUGAGAAGCCAAUCACUCUCAGUAGUUAAAGGAUUAAUGCUCGAUAAGGCCGGAUGGUUUAUCGAAUAUGUACUCGUGAUUUUUCCGAGGAAAGAUCCCCGCUGCUUAUUGUGAAUUAGAGCGGACAGAUAAUGAAAAUUCAGGAUAGAAGGAAAGAACUUAACCCCUCCCUUGAUCGAGGGUCUCCACGGGGUGCUGGCUUUUACGGCUACAGUUUACCAAAAAUGACACAAAAUGACAUUUUGUAGAAAGGAGAAAUUUUGGAGCAAUUAGGGUUAAAAUUUGUCAGUUGUUACGCCUAAUGGUUAAAUUUUUUGGUCGUUUUACGGCUAACGGUUAAUCCUAUCUGGGACUUUUAGAUCCACUUUUGUUUCUGAAAACGUGUGACCGUAAACCUCAAGGAGUCACGUGACCAGACUCUAGCGGUCACGUGCGCCGUUUGCCGUCCACGUUUGAACUUCGGGCAAAGGGAGUUUACACACAACUCCCUUGACGCUUUUUCUCUUCUGUUCGAAAGUUCUCACGUAUGUCCUAUAAAUGUGUGUGAGGUGAAGUCUUUUCUUUAUAACCUAUCCGUUUGAGACGCUAGGAAAUCAUGGCGGUGCACAUGUUGAUUUUUUUUUCAGGUGAAAGCCGACGUCGAUCUAAAAAGCUGAAAGUCUCGAAAACUCUAACUUCUAACUGCUGACCGCUGUUUGACGUUUGCGGUGAACAUACGAAAUGUGGAUCUAAAACUCUCUAGUGAGACCUACUAAAUUCACCUUGCCACACUGUCCCUUUACAUCUCGGCCGACAAUCAAAACUUCAGCAUAUAAAAUAUCUUUAGGGUAACUUCAAAUAUAUAUAUUUUUUAAUUAUAUGUUGUACACGUAGUUAGUGAUAAACCGUCGAUCAAGCCGACGCAACACAGCAAUUCAGUCUUCAGAAUUUAUUUAAGUACUUGCCCACUUCUCCUCCCACUUAAUAUCAUAUCACUUUUUUACGUUUACAUGAGAGAGCCCAGCCAUCUUGAAGACUCAAUUAACUCAACUAAUCCCCUCAGUGCAUGAAUGUGCAACACUUUCAUUCACAUGAAAAUCUUAAGAGCGAGAUCAGAAAGUUGCCAUGACAACGGCGAGGAAAAAAAGAUUCAAUGCAAUCUUAACUUCAAAAUUCAAGAAUUUCGUGAGUUUGUACUCUCAAUGUUUUCGCUUUAAUUGCGGACACAUCUAAACUCUUUGAGAGCUACACGCAUGAAGGCAGCAUUAUGAGUGAAAUUUGGAAACACGGAAAAUUUUUCUGAUGGGUGUCCUGGUUUUAUAAAUGACCCUUACGGGAAAGGCGCAGAUUAUUUAAUAGAUAACGUAAUAUUCUCGAUUUAAGACAUUUCAUGAGAAAACACUGACAUUAAACUUAAUUUUCAUGGCUUUACUGGUAAAAUCGCGCCCUAAAAAAUUAGCUUAAGGGUACUUAACUAUUUCCUAUGACAAAAAUUCAAUUCAUGAGAAAGGCACGAGUUUUCUUUGAAACAUUUGUUGCCUAAGCGAAUACAUGAGAUACGUCCAUGCAUUGUUCUUCUUGUCUGUGCAAAGGUUAAGCUUUGAAGUUUUCGCGCCGUAUGUAGCGCCAUCAGGGAUCUUAUAAUGUACCACUUAACGUGAAUUUCAUAUGACUUCGUCGUCUGCUGGGUUCGACAUGUUUUGGAAACAAAGUGCUACAGUAAUCAAAAUUCCUGCUUCGUGAGUGUUGAGAAUAGAACAUGACUUAAUUGUACCGUUGUUUAUUGGCAGCAGUUGAGAACAUAAUGCGCGCAUAUUUCGCCAUGAUAGACUCAAGAAAAGUGAGAUUUUUUGUACUAACUGCUUUUAAGAGUAAACUGAAAAAAUUCUUCAAUAAAAAAAUUUAGAUUUCUGCUUUAAACGUGAAUAAGAUUAAGUCAAUUUUUUACAGGAUCAUUGAAUGUAUUCUACGAUUUUAGCUUUGAAACUAUCAAAAUGCCUCGAACUUUAAUUUUGAAACAUUUCUUUAUUUGACAUCUCAAUCAUUCCUAUUCAUAACAUUUCUUCGUCAGCUCUGUCGCUAUUUCCGAUCGAGUAUGUACUUUGAAAUUCUGAUGGUCAAACCACUACUAUUCAAGUUUGCUCUUCCCUUCUUUUCUGCCACAUUAUUCACUCGACGGCUUGGAGUUCAUGUGCAAACAUCUCCUCGAAAAUUCCCGAAAUUUUUUGUAGGGCGUGCAACACCCCAAUCAACCACCGCCUAAAGGAAGAUCCAGUUUUGAGACAAAUCCGAUUAAUUUCACUCAAAAGGUUACAGUAUGACUUUAAGAUGUUACACACAAAAGCUGAAAGUGGUCUGUGGUUUAACCAUCCUCUUUGAUACUUCAUAUGUUAAAUUUCGGAGUAGAUUCUUGAAAAACUUUUAAGACGGAAAUCGUGUCGCCAACAAAUUAUUAUGGAUGGAAAGCCCGGGCAGAAAUUAAUACUUUAUUGAGUGUUUGAAAGUUGCUGAAUAAGAACCACAGCUUUCUUUAAAAAUAGAAUGAAUGAGGAAAGGAAAGGCACUCUCCUUUAUAUUCAUAUCAGAAAGGUGAGGCUUUCAAACUAAGCCGUUUUGUUUUGUUGUUUGUUGUCAGGAAGCCGCGAUCCCAAUAACGUUUCUUUACGCCUACAAAUCAGACGCAAAUCAAACAGGAAAAAAAAUAUUAUUCAAAGUUAACUGAUACUCUAGUGUUCCGAGGAAUAAGGCGCAACUGCGCCCGUCUUUUGACGUAGUCUUGUCUCUCUGUUAGUGGUCUAGGGAUCGAUUAACAGCUCCUACGUUCAGGAAUGAAUGAAGAUCAAAUUUGCAUUGUUACGGUCCGUCGAUUUGUCGGCUCACAAACUGGGUGUAACAUACUUAGUCCGGUGCCCAUUCGUGCCCUAACUUGCGUCAGGGAAAAAUUCCUUUUCUGAGGUGAUGUUUUAGAAUAGAACAUUAAAUAAAAAAAGGAUAAAUAAUUAAAAAAAAAACUAAAUAUCCAUUUCGUUGGAGGUUUGUUCAAAACUUUUCCGUUCCUCUAAUAGUUUUCUUCGAAUCUCGCGUUUUCGCCGGAAAUUAAUUCUUUCAAAGAAAAAGGCUAAUUUUAUAAUUUACAACCAAAUUGUAUAUUGGGGAAUACUGAAUAUCAAAAACUGCUGAAAGGUGAUCAGUCUUAAUGGUAGAUGUCGUUUCAGAAAUGCGGAAACCCUGGUCAGGACACAGUCCAAAUGAAUCGGUUUAUCGAGACUGAUAAGAAGGAAGCAGUUAUCAAUUCGUAUUUCUUGGAUAUGCCAAAACAAACCAUAACAAUUUUUAACAGUUGUUUGGUUUAUCCUUCCUUCCUUUACGAUACAUCACGGCUUUCCUGUCUCCCCGUUGAUAAACCGUCUGUGAUUACGUAAAAUUAAUCAAAAGGUGAUUUCACGGUGACUUCAGAAAUUGUUCAAAGAAACGACAAAACUGUUCCUCAUCUGGAGUCUGUUAAAGUUACCAUGGUCAAAAUUCACUUAUAAAACAUCAAUUAACGUGUGUUUAUUUAUCUUGUCUCAUUCGUGCUUCCGUUAUUUUUCAUUCAGUUCAUGAUUUUCUCGUGAUAGUCGCUAAUCAUGCGAUGAAUAUGUUUUUGUUUUGGCUGAGAAACCGGAAAUACGAUUUUAAUUGUUUUGAUUCGUGUGUCACGCACCCAACAUGCGGGGACAAUGCCGUGAUGCUUUUGAUGAUGACGUAACCGGAAAUGCAAUCUGAGAAACUUUACAACUUUUAAGGAAAAUCUUGUUUCAUCUUCAUAUAAUGGCUUCAACUGUUCCGCGAUCUGUUUUUUCCUUGUCGACUGAAUAGAACCAAAGCUGGGUAAUUUUCGGACUUGUGUUUUUGUUGACUAACAAAUUAUUAAAGUGAUGUUUAAAAAAAAUACGGGAUUUUUCCCUAUUUUCUGAGUCAUCCCACGGAAGCGUGCCUCAUCACCACAGGUUUUAGGUUUUGCAAUAUUUUUUUUAUGUUUUUUUUUUCCAAGCCACUAAAACGAUAAUAGUGUAAUUCAUCUACAAUCAUUUUUUCUUGAUCUAGAGGUAAUAUAUAUUUAGGGUUUUGCGAUUGCAAAUUAGACAAAUUCUGCUCAGUUGAAAUAAGCACAUUACAUUUUAGGAAAGUAAUCUCGAAAAAGUACUGACGUACACGACCUUCCUAAUUUCAAUUCUGUUUCUAUCGAUUAUCUAAUCUUAUGUGUAUACCAGCUCGGACGGCGUUAAGAGUGCUGAGGCAGUGAUAAUUAAUUUAUUAUCACUGCCUCAGCAGUUGUAAGAAUAUUAUUUUCUGUUGAAGACAAUAUUCAGCAUUUUAUCAAACUGCAAACUCGGCAAUUUCUGUUUGAACUGUGCAAUUUCAGUUUCGCGUGAACAACGGAAGUACUAAAACAUUGUGGUUUGACCGCUGGCAAUAAUUGACUUCGAAAACUAUCAGCUCUGUUUUCCCGGAAAAACUACUCCUAUUAACUGAGUUAAUUAGAUGUAAUUUCCCAGGCAGUGACGGGGUAGAAAUGCAGGGCGGAAAAUCUACUCAGCCUUGUUGCUAAAAUUAGCAACUCCACACGGGUCUUAACAGGUCCAGGAACCCUGGCUUUAAAUAUCUGUGACUCUUUGUUGUUAAAAUCAUGCGCUGGCGUCAAAAGUUUCACUUUCCUCAGUGAUUUGACAUUGUAAGGUCACGUCGUGAUACGAAGAGCAAGCUAAUGAUCUCGAUGGAUCUUAAAAACCAGAAAUCAAAGCUAUCCUUCUCGAUUGAGAAUAUUCUACGCGAUGAUUUUUCUACAAGGCCAAGAAAAGAUGUUCCUACUCUGAUACCAUCCAUGAAUUCUAGUUUUGCGAAAUGGCCAAAUAUUCCGGUGUACCGCCUUUGUGCAGUUCGCUACAACCCAAUGUUUGUGCAAGUUUUGCCGCGAUGGCCAUACGCUGGAACCAAACUGAACAAGGCGAGAACUGAGGAUCAACAACCGUGCCAGGAGCAGCAAACAAACAUCGAAGCCGACGUUGGUUUCUCUGCCUGUGAAACCCAAGAAGGCGAAGGUUGGUUUACAUGUUUACAGAGCUAUUAUUGGAAAAAAAAUUUUCAUAGCCUUUAGCUGAAUGGCAAAAAUUAGUGGCUUUAAAUAAUAUUGAUACGUUCAUAAUGGGCAAAAUUUUUGUAGCAUCGCGGUUUGGUAACCUAAAUUUUUUUCAACCCCUUAAAAAAAUUAAGCGUUCAAAAUUAUUUAGCAAUAAGUAGGCAGAGGCGUUUACAAAAGAUGUUGUAAUGGGCUUAUUUAAAACGCUGAUAAUCCUUCAGAUACAUCUCACAUGAUUAUGUUUCAGUACCAGCGUGACAUACGGCACUCAAUUCUUAAGCCAUCAAAGGAGGCGAAAGUCUAAAAUUCACUUAAAUAUAAGUAUUUUUACUUAUUUUUUAGCGCGGGUCAAACUCGUCGCGAGAAGAGAAAACAAAAAAAAUAACUUGGCGUUCUUUACACACGAAAAAAAACACAAAUUUAUCAAUUUGAGAAAGGUCCAAAUUUCAGUUAAAACGGUGUUACUUUUGUUAUAACCAACGCUGUGAGAGCAGUCCACAUUCCGUGGCUUAAAGGCAUAGGCCAAAGCAAGUCUUGAAGGUUAAAGAAGUUUUUUUCAAUAUACUUCAUCGUCAUAAAAUGAGCAUGGAUCCCUUUCUAUAGAAAACUGGAUUUAUAUGGCAAAGAAUUUUAUCCUCGUUUCACAGCAGAUGAAAAACAUAUGGUUAAAUGCUGAAAGAGGAAAGUUCUUGUUGACCCCAAUGAGUGGGAAGAAGUGUGGCCCCGUCUUUAGUAAUUUGAAACAGCUAGGGAGCAGAAUUUCUGGGCGGGACUACUUAGGAAAGGCCGAGGAAGAAACAUCAACGAGUGUUUCGUUUCAAUUCAUGAGAAAAGGAUGCGAAAAAAUAAAUAAUUCACAGCUCAAUUCAUCUGCAAUAUCCUAUACAAUUGAAAUUCCUUGCUUGGUAGUAAGACCGAUGAAUUCAUAUGCCACAAGGAUUUCGGUUUAUAAUAGCUAUCUUAACUCUUUUUGUGCUCGGCUUUCUCUGUUUAAAGGGAGAUCGUUACGAAAAAGCGGCUAUGAAAUUGGUAAAUGCCAUUUACUACGAGCGUUUGAACAUUUUGCGAGUGAACCCCGUUUACAAUUCAGUUUUCGAACGUCUUUAUCGUUUUCGGGCUGUACCAAAAGUAUUUUAUCUUAAAUUUCCUUUCUAAUGAAACUUGCUUUCAUCGAAGCCACUUUUUAGGCUAUUCCUAUCGGAAAGGUUUCAGCGCAUUUCAGUAAAUUCUAAGUUUUCGCAGUAAGUACUCUGCAGUAUCAAAUUUCAUGCUGCAUUUUGGUAUAACCUUAAAGCGCUGAAUUAAGCGCUGAACGGAAAGCAUCUCUCUACGACUCUCUGACGUACGAUCAAAAAUAUGCUCACAGCUUGCCUUGAGGCAUUCCGCAAUCCGAUCACAUUUUCAGUUUUUCCUUAUUACAUGCGCUGACUGCGAAAAGCUGUUGGUGCUAAUUUGAUCGCAAAAUGUUCAGGAAUCGUGGAAGUAUGUGAUCGCUGCUGUUUUGCCAUAGAAAGAGACAUGGUUGCGUUUUGCGUUAUUUGUAUUAUUACAUAACUUGCGGUUUAAUUUUUUUUUCGUGCUAAUGAAUUUCCGCCUCAAGUGCUUUUUAUAGUGGUUUGCAAUGUUUCAAGUGUUUGUUGUUCGAUGCACUGACAUUUUAGAAUGUCUUCUGCCUUCCAUUUAGGGCUGUGCCUUUUAUUUUCUUCAUUUAUGACGCUUUCAACAAUAAACACCUUAAAAGCUUACAUCAAAUACUAUUUUUAGGGAAAAGGCUGGUGAAGUUUUAAUAAAGGACAACCAAUCUUUCCCAUAAAGUUGAAAGUGUUUUAAGAAACUCCAGAAUGGAUUUCGUUAUUUCGCACCUCUUAAAUACUUUAUUUCGCGUUAGACAUAAAAGUUCCGACAAGAAGGAAUCUUUGAGUAGUUAGUAGUUAAGCUUAGUAUUGUAUCCUUUCGGUCUAUAGAGAGCCUGCUCAAACCUUGAUUACCCGCUUCGACCUACUGUGGUCCUCUUCAACUCUUACAUGAUAUUAGAGACAAUUGACAGAUUAUGAGUGAUUUAUUUAAGACACGCACAGUUCAAAUAACUCGUAUCUUUUGUUUGUCCUGGAAUAGCCAGUGUGUGCACUUUUGAACGCAGUAAUGAGGUCCUGUACAAAUUGCAGAUUAUGUUUCCUUACGCUCUCGACGCUGUUUAUUUACAAAGAAUGUGUUUGAUUUUGCCACAGUGUUCAUACUAAUCAGGGUGGGGUUUUAGAUCACAGGAAUAUCCGCUUCUUAACAUUAAUAACCUUAGAGGCACUCGUGUUAUUAAAUGUAACCGCAAAUAUUAUAUCAAAUGAACUAUUUUUCGUUUCAGCCAUUGAAAAUUUUCGGGCACGGAUCAUCAUUUCAGUAUAUAACUCUACAAAUUUCUGAACCUCAUGUUGUUUUCUGUUUUAUUUUCAGACGAAAGAAAUGAAAACAAAGCCAAGAUAGAAUCUAAAUCAGAGAAAUGCUUGAAAGUGAAAGCUUUGGAGAGAAAACGCCGUCAUCGCAGCCAUUUUACUCAACGUCAGCUUCAAUAUUUAGACAAAAUCUUUUCUCGCCAGCAAUAUCUCACUCGAGACGAGCGCACGCUAUUAGCAAGGGGCCUGGAAAUGACUGAACUUCAGAUCAGAAACUGGUUUCAAAACCGUAGAUACCAGCGAAAACAUCGCGCAAACAAGACCACGAAACCAGAUGAAGAGGGUUCACCGUCAAGUGUGAGAAGUGAAGAUUAGGUCUUCGGAGAGAUUAAGUCUAAUUUGAGCACAGUCGAAAAAGGAGAGAAUAAAAAAGGCUUUCUGAAUAUUUACUAAAGGAGUCUAAAUGGAUUCAGUACAAACUGCGAGUAAUCAUUAAGUAGAUUCUACUUAUAACAAGGAACACAGUUUAUUCAAAGCUUCGCAAAGAAGGGCAUUGAUGUUAACGUGAAUGAAACGCCUUGUAUUAUUAUGGCGUUAAAAAAAGUUUCAAUCGGUUUAAGCCAAAGUAAAGAAAUACUCUAUCCAAACGUUAUUUAUAUCGAGCUAUUUAUGUUAAUCCUUGACCAAAAACACACGUUCAGUUCUACGAGGGACUAAAAAAACUCCUGAUUAUACAAACUAAUUUACUUAAGUCUAUAUUUUUGAAACUCAUAAUACGUGACUUGUAGAUAUUGUAGAAAACUAUUGUGUGAUUCAUUAAAUGUAGAAACAGAAAUACGAAUAUACUUUAAAGAUGGCG